AUGGCAGAAACAGUUCUUUUUAUAAAGCAUGAAUCUGACGAUUUUAGCAAUCCUUUCAUGAUGUCUCACUCCGGUUACAUGGGUAACCAUUUCGGGCACUCUGAUGGAGUGGACCCUUCAGACCUAACCAUGCAGCAAAAUGGCUUCAUGCCCUUUUCCUACGGUUCGCAGCAGAACAUGUCUUCGAGCUUCAACUUCGGAAACUCGGGCAUUGAUACUGAUGAACUCCUGGAUCUGGAAAUCAGCGCCCCUAACGGCGGCCACCGUAGCGACAACGUGAACUACAUGCAAGACCAGAACGCUGGUGGUAUUGCCAUGAGUCAUCAGAGCCAGAUGUCCAACCUGUACUCCAAUACCCCCGACAAUGCCCCCAUGGCGAGCCCUUUUGUUCAGAACAGCUUCAACUACGAGCAAUACCGCAUGAACCAGCAGAACCCGCAUCUGCAGCAUGCCAGCUCGUUCGAACAAAGUUACAUGAACUCGAAGUCCCGCCCAGGUCUCCAGCAAAUGGACCGUACCUCCUCCGAAAACCGGACUCCCAUGACUCCGAAGACUCCUGCCAUGGGAUCAUUGACUCUGGGAACCCCGGAGUCUGGUAGUUUCCCCGGCCAGCCAAUUCGCAAUGGCGGCCUGCAACACCGACACCAGAAGACUCUUUCUGGUCAAUGGGGAUGGAACCCCCGGGAGUGCUCAAUCCUAUGUGGACUCUCCCAUUUCUUCCCCCAACCAGCAGCAUCAUGCCGGUAUUUCCGAGAUACUGUCGUCCGUUCUCAGGAAUUGGAAACCCAAGAGGCUAAGCGCCGACGACGCCGUGCUUCUCACAACCUUGUGGAGCGUCGCCGCCGCGAUAAUAUCAAUGAACGCAUUCAGGACCUGUCUCAUCUUGUCCCCCAGCACCGACUGGAAGAUGACAAGGUCCGCAAGCAGCUCGUGAACAACAGUGCCAUGUCCAUGGCCGGUGCUGGCAACAAUGCCGCUACCUCGCUUCUCGCUGGUGGCAAUGGCCGCCGAGCUACUCCUGGUAAUAUCACGAUGGGCCUUCCCAUUGAAGAGAAGGAGAAAGGCCCGAACAAGGGUGAUAUUCUCAACGGCGCUGUCAGCUGGACGCGCGAUCUCAUGUGGGCCUUGCAUGUCAAGUACCAGCAGGAAGCCGAGCUUGCCGAGUUAAUCAGCAAUCUCGGUGGCACCUGGCCCUUCGAGCCUACCGAGGACGAGAAGCGCAUGCGCAGUGAGAUCCUCGAGGCCUUGGAGCGCAAUGACCCAAGCUCCUUUGCCUACACCCGGGGCCCAGGUAGUGGUCUUCGCGUUCCGAAGCAUACCAACCUUGCCGGUGACCCCAUCCAGGGCGGUGAAACUGGUCUCACCCCUCCCAACAUGAGCCCUUCGUUUGGCAAUGGCAAUAUCCCCGGCGCUGCUGGCCAGCCUCAGUACUGGAACAGUGCUGGCCACGCGGCCAUGAGCUUUAAGGAAGAGGACGAGUACGGCAUGGAGAUAUAA